CUGUGACCACGUCGCUAGGCAACCUGAAAGAAUCGGUCAGCUGGUGAUUUAUUGACAGAGGAAAAUAAAGAAGUCAUGAGCUUACAGGAGGGAAGCUCUGAGAAUCCAGAGCAGGAUCCGGAGGAGGAUCCACUGCAGCAGACAGCAGCCAGGAUGAUUCAGAGGGCCUGGAGAAGAUAUGUGUACAGAGAGGUCUUCAGGUAUUUCAAACAGUUGAUCAGCCAGUUUAACCAAGGGGAUCCACAGAAGAUCCUGAAACCUGUCAAUCCUCGAGAGGCGGAGCUGCUGGAUGCUGCUGCUGGGGUCUUCAUGAGGUUUAGACUCGGAGGGGUCACCUUCCCUCCCAACAUUUACUACAAGAUCUUCACCCACCGGCCCAUCACUGAUGUGUGUGCCAGCAGCCCCAGGGACUACACGCAGCUGGGCCUGAAGCAGCCUGUGGCCCGGCAGACCAACACCCGCUGGCCUGUGGUGCAGGAGGACCGGUCAGGGUGGUACCGGAGAAUGGAGCACAACAGCUGGAGACUGUUCUGCAGCAAGGUGGUUCCCAUCACUGAGCCCAGAGAGAUUGGAGUAAACAAAAAGAUGGACUUUCAUUACUCCAAGCUGCAAAGGCAGCAGGAUGUGGACAGGUGGAGGAAGAGGAGGAAGAUUGAGUGGCUGAACCAGAUGUAUAACCAUGUUCGUCUGCAGACUCACUCAGUGCAUCGACACAUGGCUACCCUGGUGGGGACCUCAGCCCAGGAAGUGAUGGACACUGCAGAAGAGAAGGGGGGUGAUGAGAUGGAGGAGUGCGAGCUGGAUGAGCUCCUGGCCUGGACCACCACCCUCAGCUUUGAGGAGUACAUGCAGGAGUGGAGACAUCUGGCCUGCAGUCUCUCCUCUGAGCCCAGCACAGACCUUCAUCCAGGUCCACCUGGGUCAGAGGAGUUUCCCGGUGUGGCAGAUGAAGAUAGAGGAGAAUAAAAUCAUUAUGUUAAAACCAAACCAGCAGCCAUGUUCACUUCAGAGCAGACACAUUAUUAUCUGCAGUUUCAGGGAUUUGUAUCAUCUGUACCAUCAACUCAUUGCCUCUGCUUUAUACUCACAGAAUAAAGACACUUCAUUGUGA